AUGAAGGCUCUCAUUCUUGUCGGAGGGUUCGGCACCCGUCUGCGUCCUCUGACGCUCACCCUUCCUAAGCCACUCGUCGAGUUCGGCAACCGGCCCAUGAUCCUCCACCAGGUCGAGAGCUUGGCUGCCGCAGGUGUCACCGAUAUCGUCCUGGCUGUCAACUACCGCCCCGAUGUGAUGGUGGCUGCUCUCAAGAAGUACGAGGAACAGUACGGUGUCAACAUUGAAUUCUCCGUCGAGACGGAACCGCUGGGCACGGCUGGCCCGCUGAAGCUGGCGGAGAAGAUCCUGGGCAAGGACGAUACCCCGUUCUUCGUUCUGAACUCUGAUGUGAUCUGCGACUUCCCCUUCCAGCAACUCGCUGCGUUCCACAAGUCCCACGGCGAUGAGGGUACCAUUGUGGUUACCAAAGUUGACGAACCCUCCAAGUAUGGUGUCGUGGUUCACAAGCCCAACCACCCCUCGCGCAUCGACCGUUUCGUCGAGAAGCCGGUCGAGUUCGUCGGCAACCGCAUUAAUGCUGGUAUCUACAUCAUGAACCCCAGUGUCUUGAACCGCAUUGAGCUGCGCCCCACCUCCAUUGAGCAGGAGACCUUCCCCGCCAUCUGCAAGGACGGCCAGCUGCAUUCCUUCGACCUCGAGGGCUUCUGGAUGGAUGUCGGUCAGCCCAAGGACUUCCUCACAGGUACCUGCUUGUACCUCACCUCUCUCGCCAAGCGUAACUCCAAGAAGCUCGCCCCCCUGUCCGAGCCCUACGUGCACGGCGGCAACGUGAUGGUGGACCCCACCGCCAAGAUUGGCAACAACUGCCGCAUCGGACCCAAUGUAGUCAUUGGCCCUAAUGUUGUGAUUGGCGACGGUGUCCGUCUGCAGCGCUGCGUUGUGAUGGAGAACAGCAAGGUCAAGGACCACGCCUGGAUCAAGUCUACCAUCGUCGGCUGGAACAGCUCUGUCGGACGCUGGGCUCGUCUGGAGAACGUUACCGUUCUCGGAGACGAUGUGACCAUCGCUGAUGAGGUGUACGUCAACGGUGGCUCCAUUCUGCCGCACAAGAGCAUCAAGCAGAACAUUGAUGUUCCUGCGAUUAUCAUGUAA